AUGGAAAUGGAGAUGGAAAAGGAAAAAGACGGUGAAUCAGGAGUAACUGGAAAUGACAAUACUCUGCUGGAUGACGACGGCAAACCAAAAAGAACAGGGACAGCAUGGACUGCUAGUGCUCAUAUAAUAACAACAGUAGUUGGUGCUGGGGUGCUUUCUUUAGCUUGGGCCAUGGCUCAACUAGGAUGGAUAAUUGGCAUAUCUUCUAUCUUGCUCAUAUCUUGUGUCACCCUCUACACAUCCAAUCUUCUAGCAGAUUGUUAUAGAUCACCAGAUUCUAUCAAUGGGAAGAGGAACUGCACUUACAUGGAGGCUGUGAAAACCAACUUAGGUGGUAAAAUGCAUCUGUUAUGUGGAUUGAUUCAGUACAGCAAUCUUAGUGGGGCUGCAAUUGGAUACACAAUAACCACAUCCAUAAGUGUGCUGUCAAUACGGAAAAUUAAUUGCUUCCACAAAGAGGGAAUUGCAGCUCCAUGCCAAUUUUCUAAUAAUCUAUACACGAUUGGUUUUGGAAUUGUAGAAAUCUUUUUGUCUCAAAUCUCCAAUUUUCAUAAGCUGUCUUGGCUGUCAAUCUUAGCAGCAGUCAUGUCUUUUGGUUAUGCAUUUAUUGGCGUUGGGCUUUCUCUUGCCACCAUCAUUCAAGGAAAAGGAAGGAGUACCUUUUUGUUUGGGGGAAGCAGGGAGCAAAGCUUUGCAGAUAAAUUGUGGAAUAUUUUCAUUGCGCUAGGAAAUGUUGCACUUGCUAGCAGUUAUGCUCAAAUUGCUAUAGAUAUCCAGGACUCUUUAAAGUCAUCACCGCCAGAAAAUAAAGUGAUGAAGAUGGCAAACACGAUAGGAAUAUGUUCAACGACAAUUAUCUUUCUUUUGUCUGCCUGCUUUGGCUAUGCUGCAUUUGGCUCAGACACUCCUGGCAGUAUCCUAAUGAGCUCUGGUUUUAAAGAUCCUUUUUGGCUUGUUGACUUAGCCAAUGGAUUCAUUAUAGUACACUUGGUUGGAGCUUAUCAGGUAGUUAGCCAACCUAUUUUUGGUGCGGUAGAAACUUUGGCUGGCCAAAGGUGGCCACAAUCAAGUUUUGUUACAAGAGAGUAUCCCAUGAGCAUUGGCAAAAUAAGGUAUAACUUUAAUUUCUUUAGGCUCAUUUGGAGAACCCUAUUUGUUAUAGUGAUGACUGUUUUGGCCAUGGCAAUGCCUUUUUUCAAUGAAAUGCUUGCCCUUCUUGGGGCUAUGGCAUUUUGGCCCUUAGUGAUUUAUUUUCCAGUGGAGAUGUUCAUUGCCAAACAGAAGAUCAAGAAACAAUCAUUUAGGUGGUUUGGACUUCAAACCUUGAAUUUUGUUUUUAUGUUAGUGUCAAUGGCUGCGGCAUGUGCAGCCAUUCAUGGGUUAAGCCGAGCUCUUCAUAAGUAUAAGCCCUUCAUGUAUAAAAUGUAA